UGGGUAGUCUUAGCCUCCAAGGACGUUCCCGAACCCUGCGGACGCGGGGCGCCAGCAGGUGGCGCUGGACGCGCAACUGACAAGGAGGCGGGGCCUGCAGCAGGCUUGGAGGCUUCGCGCUCUGGAGGCUCAGGCGCCGCGUGGGGCCGGCACCUCCGGGCAGCAGCGGCAGCCGAGACUCACGGUCAAGCUACGGCGAGGAGUGGGUGGCUGAAGCCAUACUAUUUUAUAGAAUUAAUGGAAAGCAGAAAAGACAUCACAAACCAAGAAGAAAUUUGGAAAAUGAAGCCUAGGAGAAAUUUAGAAGACAACGAUUAUUUGCGUAAGGACACGGGAGAGACCAGCAUGGUAAAAAGACCUGUGCUUUUGCAUUUGCACCAAACAGCCCAUGCUGAUGAAUUUGACUGCCCUUCAGAACUUCAGCACACACAGGAACUCUUUCCACAGUGGCACUUGCCAAUUAAAAUAGCUGCUAUUAUGGCAUCUCUGACUUUUCUUUACACUCUUCUGAGGGAAGUAAUUCACCCUUUUGCAACUUCCCAUCAACAAUAUUUUUAUAAAAUUCCAAUCCUGGUCAUCAACAAAGUCUUGCCAAUGGUUUCCAUCACUCUCUUGGCAUUGGUUUACCUGCCAGGUGUGAUAGCAGCAAUUGUCCAACUUCAUAAUGGAACCAAGUAUAAGAAGUUUCCACAUUGGUUGGAUAAGUGGAUGUUAACAAGAAAGCAGUUUGGGCUUCUCAGUUUCUUUUUUGCUGUACUGCAUGCAAUUUAUACUCUGUCUUACCCAAUGAGGCGAUCCUACAGAUACAAGUUGCUAAACUGGGCAUAUCAACAGGUCCAACAAAAUAAAGAAGAUGCCUGGAUUGAGCAUGAUGUUUGGAGAAUGGAGAUUUAUGUGUCUCUGGGAAUUGUGGGACUGGCAAUACUGGCUCUGUUGGCUGUGACAUCUAUUCCAUCUGUGAGUGACUCUUUGACAUGGAGAGAAUUUCACUAUAUUCAGGUAAAUAAUAUAUAAAAUAACCCUAAGAGGUAAAUCUUCUUUUUGUG